UAUAAGAACUAUACCAAUCGGAUAAAGUACGACGUACAAGUGCGUGUAUUUAAUAUUUACAUAAAAUAUAAUAUUAAAUAACACAGAAAAAUCUAAAAUGCGAAAUAUUUUUAUUUCGUUUAUUGCGAUACUUGUUAUUAUCGAGAAUAAUUUUUUUCAAGUUGAUGCUAGAAUGACUAUGACACAAAUUAGAAAUGCUAUGAAACCUAUGGGCAAAACAUGUGUUGGAAAAACUGGUCUCAGUAAAGAGGUGCAAGCCGGGCAACAUGAAGGACAAUUUCCGGAAGAUGAAGCGCUCAUGAAGUAUCACGAGUGUUUGUUGAAAUUGGCCAAAAUUGCUGAUAAAAGCGGUAAAAUUAAUCUAGACACGAUGCUCAAACAGAUAGAUAUGAUGAUGCCGGAAGAUGUAAUAAGCAAAGCAAAAGCAGUCACUACUGAGUGUUUCAAUGAAAUUAAAUCAGAAGAACCGGCUAGAGCGAGUUUUGAAUUUGUUAGCUGCUACUUCUUGAAAGGUCCAGAGAUAACUUUCUUCCCAUUGCAUGUGCUGAGUACUCCAUUAAAUCUUCAGACAAUUUUAAGGACAUACAAAAUGAAAAAUAUUGUUUGUUUCUCACUAUCUGUUGCUAUUCUGGUGGUAUUUAAUAUCCAACAUGCUGAGUCUAGAAUGACCAUGCCUCAGAUCAUAAAUACCAUGAAACCAUUGGGUAAAACUUGUGCGGCAAAAACUGGACUCACCAAAGAAAUGCAAGACGGUCAACACGAAGGAAAUUUCCCCGAUGAUGAAACAUUGCAUUGCUACCUGGCGUGUCUUUUAAAGAUGGCUAAAGUCGCUGAUAAAACAGGUAAAUUGAACAUUGACUCGAUGAUUAAACAAAUCGAUAUGUUGAUGCCUGAAGAUUUAAUUGAUAGAGCAAAAACAGCAUGUAAUACAUGCGCUGAUCUAGUUACAGGCACUGAAGGUUGUCGCCCUAGUUGGGAGUUCAUGAAGUGUUGGUACGAAAAAGAACCAGAGUUGUACUUCUUCCCAUAAUACACAGUAAUUGGCAGUAUAGUAUAGGACAACCUGCAAACAUUGAAUAAUACAUCAAUACUCUGUAUUACGUAAAGAGAAAAAAGUAUGACAUUACUUUUAGAGAACUGUAAUUAUAAAUCAAACUUAUGAUUUUAUAAAUAAUAAUUGAUUUUCAA